AUGCAAUAUGUUAGCAGUAUAAAGGCGACAUGGGAUAUCACAGGUUGCACAAUUAUGUCUGAUUCUUGGACUGACAUAAAGAAGAGGUCAUGGGUUAAUGUGAUUGCUUACUCUCCUGGGGGUGCUGUGUUUUUGAAAUGUAUUGAGUGCGGUAUAAAUAGAUUAACUUCCACAUUUAUUUUCAAUGAAAUUUCUGAUGUCAUUGAAAAAGUUGGACCAAAGAAUGUUGUGCAAUUUAUUUCAGAUAAUGGUUCUAACUUUUGUUCUUGUGGUGAUAUGUUGUCUGGAAAAUGGCAUCAUAUAUAUAGAACAAAUUGUGCUGCUCAUGGGAUUAAUCUGCUUUUGAAAGAUAUUCACAAAAAAGUUAAAUGGGUGAGGGAAGUUAUAGAAGAUGGAAAACUUGUAGUGGAUUAUAUUCACAGGCACACAGGUAUUGUAGCAUUGAUGAGAAAAUUCACCAACAAUAGAGAUAUCAAGCAGCCUUGCAAGACAAGGUUUGGUACUUAUUUUUUUAUGCUGCAGUCUCUUAUUGUUGUUGAGAAUGAGCUGAGGCUUUUUGUUGCAUCAUCUGAGUGGAGAGUCUUUCAAUUCAAUAGAGCUGAAAUGGCAGUGAGAACUGUUGGAAUAAUUCAAUCAGAGACAUUUUGGGAGGGGGCAAAGGAAGUUGUUGCUUUCAUGGAGCCACUUAUUCGUAUUCUUCGCCUUGUUGAUUCAGAUGGUUCUACUGCAGAGAAGAACAUUAUUCAUCAUGUUCAUCUCUUUGGUGCACUUUUGAAUCCUUCUAUUAUGUUUGGUGGUCGACUUGAUAUUGAUGGAACUAAAUUUAUGAAUGCACAAGAUUUUAUAAUGGACAUCAUGAUUCCUUUAGAGGAUCGUGAGCAAUUCAUGCAAGAAGUCAUUGAUUAUCGCAUGAAAAGUCCAUUGUUGUUCAAUAUGACAGGGCAGACAAUGAUGAAAACUAAUCAUCCAAGGAUUUGGUGGCAAUUUGUUGGUAGUGCAUUUCCUGUGCUUCAAAAUAUUGCUUGUAGAAUCUUGAGUCAGCCUUGUAGUUCCUCUCCUUGUGAGCGUAAUUGGAGUGCUUGGGAUGCAGCACAAACAAAGAAAAGAAAUAGAUUAGCCCCAGAGAUGCUAGAGGAUUUGGUGUACAUCAGGAUGAACUCUAUGAUGAGGGAGAACUAUGAAAGCCAACUACAUAAAGAUUCAAGGCCUAUUGAUUUAGAUAAUCUUGGUGAAUUACCUAUAGUAGACUUUGAGCUUGAAAUGGAGAGGCUUGAGCAGACGUACAAGGAACCUGAACCAUCUGACACUGGAGCUGAUGGAGGAUCUACUUCAUGUAGUUUAAUGUCUCCUCAUUGA